CAAAACCAGAAUUGGCCGUUUCUGUUGUGGCCGACACUCAUCCAGGGAGAAGAGAAGCGACGGCGAAUGGGGACUGUUUUCAAGUGCUAUAAACCCCUGUUUUUAACCCGCUUCUCUCCAAUCCCCAACUCCAUACUUUCUGUUCAUCCCUCGAACCUCAAGAGUAGAAGCUUCGUCCCCUGUAUCGGUUCUCUGAGCUCGUCUCAGUCUCAGCCGUUGGCCAAUGGGAAAGGCGUCCAGAAACCCGCCGGCGAUUUCCCUCUGGCUCCAACGUCGGAGCUGUGGCUGUACAACACUAUGACCAGAAGGAAGGAGUUGUUCAAGUUCAAGCCCAGAGUGGAGGGCAGAGUGGACAUGUAUGUCUGCGGUGUUACUGCCUACGAUCUCAGUCACAUAGGGCAUGCUUGCGUCUAUAUUACCUUCGAUGUUCUCUACAGAUAUCUUAAGCAUUUGGGAUAUGAAGUGUGUUACGUUCGGAAUUUCACUGAUGUUGAUGACAAGGAUUGCUGAGUCUGCACCUUUUCAAAUUCUGUAGAUAAUUGCUAGAGCAAAUGAAUUGGGGGAGGAUCCAAUCAGUUUGAGUAGACGUUAUUGUGAAGAGUUCCAUGAUGAUAUGGUGCAUCUUUGUUGUCUUUUGCCUUCUGUUGAGCCACAUGUCUCAGAUCACAUGCCUCAAAUCAUUGACACGAUCAAGCAGAUUCUUGAUAAUGGGUGUGCCUACAGAAUUGACGGUGAUGUCUUCUUCUCGGUAGACGAAUUCCCAGAAUAUGGUCGUUUGUCUGGGCGAAAGUUAGAAGACAAUUGAGCUGGUGAGCGUGUUGCUGUGGACUCCAGGAAGAAAAAUCCAGCUGAUUUUGCUUUAUGGAAGUCUGAAAAGGAAGGAGAACCCUUUUGGCAGAGUCCAUGGGGGCCUGGCAGACCUGGAUGGCAUAUUGAGUGCAGUGCCAUGAGUGCUGCCUAUUUGGGUCACUCUUUUGACAUACAUGGUGGGGGCAUGGACCUUGUGUUUCCCCACCAUGAAAAUGAAAUUGCUCAGAGUUGUGCUGCUUGUAACCAGGGUAAUGUAAGCUAUUGGAUACAUAAUGGCUUUGUCACUGUUGACUCUGAAAAAAUGUCCAAAUCCCUUGGAAACUUCUUCACAAUCAGGCAGGUCAUAGAUCUUUAUCACCCUCUAGCUUUGAGAUUUUUCUUAAUGGGAACCCACUAUCGAUCUCCAAUCAACUAUUCUGUUUUGCAUCUUGAAAAUGCUUUUGAACGUAUUUUCUACAUCUAUCAGACACUACAUGAUUGUGAGCUUGUUCUGAGCCAGCAUGAUCCAGGGCUUCAGAAAGAUUCUGUCCCACCCAACAUUUUGAAUGGCAUUAAAAAGUUCCAUGAUGAAUUUUUUGCUUCAAUGUCGGAUGAUCUUCAUAUUGCAGUUGUUUUGGCUGCAUUAUCAGACCCAUUGAAGACCAUCAAUGAUCUGCUACAUACUCGUAAUCGUAAGGGAAAGAGGCAAGCAAUGCGAAUUGAAUCACUUGCAGCUCUAGAAAAGAUAAUUAGAGAAAUUCUGGCUGUCUUGGGACUGAUGCCCACAAAUUACUCCAAGGUGUUGCAGCAACUCAGAGAAAAGGCAUUGAAGCGUGCCAAGCUAACAGAAGAUCAAGUACUGCAAAAGAUCGAGGAAAGAACAGCUGCAAGUAAGGCAAAAGAUUACAAAAAAUAUGACGCAGUUAGAAAAGACUUGGCUGCUAUAGGCAUUGCUCUUAUGGACACUCCAGAAGGCACAAGUUGGAGACCAGCUAUCCCCCUUGCACUGCAAGAACAGCAAGUUACUGCAACCUGAACAGCUUCUUGAGUCAGCACUGUUAUAAUGUUAUACCAUUACUUAGGAUUUUAGCGAGCACAUUUAGUUUCCUUGUACCAACAUCCAGUUUCAGGAUUUUGGUAAAUCACUUUGCCCUAUAGGGAUUUCUUCUUAGCUCAGUUAUGGGUGAAGACAAAACCAAAAAAGAAAUUUCAGUGAUAGGCAUUGUGCACGGAUGGAUAAAUUUCGGUGCCCAUGUAAUGAUUCAUUCUUUACGUUUUCUGUGGAAUUGUUAGUUUAUUAAAGGAAAUCAGUUUGU